GAGAUGAGUGACAUUUGCGUAAAGUUGUGAUACAUAUACUUUUGCAGGCGGCUUCGCGUACGAAGUUUUGAUGACUUUCUGCCAGCCCAUUCAUGUGGUCCAUCGAGCUACUGCUCUUGCAACGUGUCAUGUCCCAUAAAAUACUGAACUCCAGAACGCCAUGCGAUGCUGUAUCGUACUCCGCUCAUGCCUUUAUCUUGUUUGCGGGCGCAGGUAUUGUGUCCGCUUUCCGUUCGCUUGUGAGUGGUUCAGAGUCUUUGGCGUUGACUUCAAGAAAAUGGUAUAGAACGAUCAUGACCAUGGCUGCGCUCCCGAGAAAAACGGCGAGCGAGUACAGCGAGGUGUCAGAUAUCAUCGCGAAUAUGAGGUGUGAAGCUUUCGCAGCUACACUUGACCGGAGUUCGAUUUCUAGAGGCGCAUAAGCAUUUAAAAGCACGUCAAAGGGCUCCCAUGACAGAGGACAUACAUGGCGGAGACUUUACGAGUCCGAGAAGGAUACAAUUAUUGGUAUGUUGUUGACUUCAAUUGCUCGACGAGGCCUGCCCGAAAUGCGGCCAUAUGAGCGACGUGGAUGAACCGUAGAUAUCUGACUAAGCGCCAG